AUUGCUUAGUGCAGAUGAAAAAACCCGACGAAUUCUCUCGCCAACAGCAGGCUCAGUAAUUCGUUUAUGGUGAGCAUGCGCAGUAGACGGAAGCGGAAUAUGGGAGUGUCAGGGCAGUCUUCAAUAUAGCUGGCAUUAGAUCAGCUCUUGUGCCUAGCCAGUUAACGACAUAAUAGAUGGAUGAAUAUUUGGACUGGCGUGCAGCAUAAUAAGACUGGACUGGGACAAUGAUUGGUUUUUUUUACUCAAUUACGAAAUGAGUGUGAUAGAAAUAUGUCACUGGUUUAUUCGGCAGUUUGGACCUCAACUGAACGACCUCUGGAAUAUACCACUGCUAUUGGUCAUCCCUGGGGUAGUUUUUUUGUCUUCACUGUCAGACAGUUUCUGCUUACCAUCAAAAAUACACUGUUGCAUUAUUUGUAACGUUUUCCGAAUGUAGCAAAUUGUUUUAUCUGUGGUGCUUAUCAAACUUACAAAGCCCAACUGUCGUUUAUUUCAAGAAUAGGAAGUUAUGCGUGGAUUAUUUGUGGUCAGCGACGACAGUGGUUUCCGCCUCGGUAUCGUUAGCGUUAACUGUGGGUCAUAAUUCCCUGGACUGCACGCUGCGACUCACGGUUCAUGCAGCUAACCAGCUAUGAUUAUUAUAUAUAAAAAUGGUAAGAGCCGCUUGUAAGCGACUUGUUUUUUAAUUAAAUGUAUUCUAAAAUUUAUCAGUAUUUUUUUCCAAACAUGUGGGACCAUAUUUGUUGAUAAAUUUUAGUCUUUGGAUCGGCGGUGGUUUAAGAAAUGUUGCAGUUCAUCUCUCUCAGUGUGUUAUGAGCUACCAAUGCCAGUCAUCUGUUGUGGGAGUAUCCAUCAAUGCACGUCUCCGCGGAGACUGAUUGACAAGUCUGGAAUAGGUAUCUGUUUGAGUCAGCCUUGCUCCAGGACAAGACUUACCAGGGUCCCAAUGCUGGAGACUAGUUUGAGUCUGGAGGGAGUUGACGACAGAGAUGAGGAACAAGAGGAUGAGGAAGAUUUGCGAGAUGGUGGGAUUCCAUUCAUUAUAAACCGGGGUGGGCUGCCGGUGAACGAGGAGACAUGGGAACAGAUGUGGCGGCAUGUGGCCCGGAUUCAUCCAGAUGGAGAAGCAGUGGGGAAGAGGAUUCGGGGAGCCACUGACCUGCCUAAGGUUCCAAUACCAACUGUGCCUACGUAUCAGCCAGCCACCAGUAUUCCACUUCGCCUGGAAGCCAUACAGAAAUACAUCAGGGACUUGCAGUACAAUCACACUGGAACCCAGUUUUUUGAGAUCAAAAAGAGCAGACCUCUCACAGCGUUGAUGGACAUAGCUAAGGAAAUGAUCAGAGAAUCUCUACCAAUCAAAUGUUUGGAGGCUGUAAUCCUUGGAAUUUACCUCACCAACAGCAUGCCAUCUGUGGAACGCUUUCCCAUCAGCUUUAAAACCCAGUUCUCAGGGAGCCACUUCCGCCACAUUGUGCUGGGCAUCCACAGCGGAGGGCGCUUUGGGGCCCUGGGCAUCAGCCGCCGCCAGGACCUCAUGUUCAAGCCCCUGGAGUACCGCACACUGGCCGACCUGUUGCAAGACUUUCAGGCCGCCUACCAGGGCUACUGGCACACGUUGCGCAAGGUUAAGAUCGGUCAGUAUGUCUCGCAUGAUCCCCACAGCGUGGAGCAGAUUGAGUGGAAGCACUCCGUGCUGGAUGUGGACAAGCUGUCGAAGGAGGAGCUGAGGAAGGAGCUGGAGAGGCACACCCGUGACAUGAGGCUGAAGAUUGGCAAGCCUGCUUCCCUUUCUCCCACCAAAGAUAGGAGGAAAGACAUGGGUUCUCCUCUACGUAACCCAGGGAGCCCCAUGCGCAGGAGCAACCGCAGUGAGAGAAGGCUAUCGGGUGAAAAGAAGGCAGUGGAAGCGAAAGCCACUGGUGAUAUGAAUGGAUACCAGAUUAGAGUGUGAGCUGCCACUCUGACCCAUACCGCCCUCACACAGAACAGUCAGGUAUUCAAACUUAGACAGGGGAGGAAGGUCUGAAAUCAUUUUAGUGGACAGAAACGUGUCUUAACACUUGGAACGUCGUCCGAACAAGUGUGAACUGCUCCACACAAGCGCAGUAAUGUAAAAGUGUGCAAAUGUGACUGCACGUGUCACCUUUAAUGAACCAGUCAACCUCAUUUCAAGCAUCCAUUUUAGUAGACACUCAGCUCAGCUGUGUUGUAUGCGUUGGGCUGCUUAAAUGUGCAAAUAUCACAGUGUUUGCCCUAAACCAGCUGACUGCUAAUCUGGGUUUUGGUUGAGACUGGUUUGGGAUCCACUUCUCGGGUGCCUUUUCUAUGACUCAUAAUCAAGCCACUGUUAGAAUGACUCGCAGAGUUGAGUUGGCACUCCCACAUCCUUCAUCUCAUUGAAGGUAGGCUUACACAGUGCACUGAACAGACUACCCCAACACUCUGAAACACGACUUGUUUUUUCAACAAACCGAAUAUACAUCAUUCAAUAUGUGUAAAAAAGCAGUAGUAGAUUGUACUUUCCAUGGUGGGCUUCUUUACACAUUUAAAAUUUAAUUUGGCCUUAUCUAUCUCUUCCGACAACUGUUAGUCUGUGUUGGUUUUAUAACAAGCAGGGUGUGUUAUUUUAAGCACUGAAAUCAAAUGUUGAUUCUUAGACAAGCAUUUAUCUUAAUGUCUAACAUUUUAACCAUUUGCCGUGUAUGGACAGUAGGUUUAAAGGAAGUACGACUAGCACUUACUGGUGUCGUGAUUGUAAAUGUUCUACUUUGUUUUUGUAAAUAUGAAAUGGAACUAGAAGUGCAGCACUUUGUGCAGAAGACGUUUGAUACAGACAUUUCAAAGAGCACUUAAUGCAGUAUAUUGUGUGUGGUUAGUCACUUAGAUCCUCAUUUUUGUAAUGACAUAUCAGUUUUCCACACAUUUCAUUUUAACUGUGGAAGCUUCCCCUGUUACUCAUAAUGUAAAAUGAUUCAAGCUUUGUUCACCUGAAAUUACAGUUCAUGGGACUUGACUAUAGAGAGUAAUUUUAACUAGUGCUAGGCCGAACAUAUAUCUGGAAAACUGGACCUUAAAAAUCUGGAGGGACUCAGCACAAGACACUUUGUCCUUUACUACUGAAAGUGCAACCCAAUCUUAUAAAAAGGUAGCCAGGAAUAGAUGUAAUAGGAUUGUCAGACUCAUGCGUUUAUGACUUCUGUGCGUUUGCGUCCGCAUGGACGCAACAUUUUGUGGGGAAUUUCUAGCAGAGAACAGAGCUGCCUAAAUCACUAUGAAAGAAGAGAAACAUUUCUCACCAAACCAUUCUAAGACUGAAAAAGCAGUAGGGUUCCAGUAGUUUGAUAGAAAAGGCAGCUCUGUUGUCUGUUACCACAACAGAGGCCAUUUUCCUCUCUUAAGAAAAAGAGAAAUCGUUAAGUUACACGAUGAUGCCAUAGCACCGUAAUGUUAGCUUUCCUGAUAGGAAAAGUAAAAUUGUGUAUAAAUCACAUAUUGCUUCACUGUUGACACCUGAAAUUAAAAUGAACAUCUAACUGUG